AUGGUCUCACACAUUAUUAAUAAGCUAUUAUUUUGCUACAGUGAUAGUGAACGUCCGUCAGAAUUCUCCGUGCAGGAGAUUACUGCUAUAAAGGACGUCUGGAUGAGAGCUCGCAAUGUCGAAGUUGGUGAGAACAUAUUGACCGCAUUAAUCGAGAAGAAACCUAAUUUCGCUGUCUAUUACGGUUUCGAAACAUCAUUGGCCGUUGAAGAAUUGAGGAAGGGAACGAUGUUUAUUUUACAGGCUCGACGCAUUCAAAAUUUUCUGGACACAAUCGUUUCAACGUUAGGAUUUUGUCCGGAUGCCACUAUACACCAUAUGGCAUAUCGAAUAGGCCAAAUCCAUUACCACAGAGGAGUGAAUUUUGGUGCCGAUAACUGGCUCGUGUUUAAGAAGGUCACUAUUGAACAAGUGCUUGCUGUACAGAAAAGGCCAACUACAGUGAAUGGAUCUCCUAAAGAGCAAGAAAAGUUCGAAGCAAAUCUCGACUCUUGGAAAAAUCCAAGUUCUGGAAAGACUAACAUAGCCGCUAUCGGAUGGAACAAGCUGAUGAGUUUAAUUAUAAGGGAGAUGAAACGAGGAUUUCUUGAUGAAGCACUGAAAAAUUGCGAAGAUGAUCCAAAUGAAAGCAUCUAA